UUGGGCGAGAUCAGAAAGGCGCCAUUUUGGAGAAAGUGUAAUGGCAAUGACAAUAUAAUCGAAUAGUGUAUAGAGGAAAAAUAUACGCCUUGAGUUUUUUAACGGAAUACGUUGGUUGAUAGUAGAUCAGAUUGUUUAAUCUGGAGCAGUGCCAAAAUUGUUUUGGAGUGAUACAAAUGAAAGAAUGAGUAACGACACAAACGACGCGAAAGAUGGUGUGGUCAAUGUUCUUGAAGACAUUUUGGAUGGACACACUGGAGAAGAUGAGUUAGUGGAUGAGAUGGAUGAAGUGCCUGAAAAGAAAGGAACUACAAAAACCAGAUCCGUGGCUAAAACACGGUCAGCCAAAAGCAGAGUCAAAACGGUAUCUCAUCCAUCAGCAGCCAAAACAGUUGUCAAGAGAAGUAACAGCAGCAAGCAUCAAGGGAAUGAGAAUGUGUUAGAAAUUAUUGAGGACAUAAGCAGUUCAACAUCAAAAAAGGCAGCUGUGAAAAAGGCUACUACACCUAAAGCUGUUAAGAAAUCACCAGUAGAAGAAUCUCCCAUAACUGCCAGAAUAAGGAAAACCGCUAAAGAACCAGAUGGAAAAGCAAAAGCCAAGGUUAAAGCCAGGCCUAAACCAGAACCUGAGCCUGAACCUGAGCCUGAACCUGAAGUUGAAGUUGAAGAAGAGGAAGAACCAAUAGAAGAGGAAGAAGAGGAGCUUGGGGAGGAAGAAGAAGUAGUUGAAGUUGAGGAAGAAGUGGAAGAAGAGGCAGAAGAGGAGCAGGAAGAUGAGGAGGAGGAGGAAGAAGAAGAAGAGGCAGAAGUCAAUCUGAGCUUAAGUGCAGAGGAGGAAGAGGAAACAAAGGGAGGAGCUACCGAAGGGGAGGGGCUGGGCUACAAAACUCACAGUGAGGCUGCCAGCAUGGCUUCUGUGUCUGAGUUCACUGAUUCCAAUGCAGGUACUGAUGUAGAGACAGAUGCUAAAGAAGUGCCUAAAAAAAAAAUACAUGGAGAGGGGAGGGAAAUCUCACCUAUUGAGUGGGAUAGACAUAGUGAACCAGCUGAAAAGGAGGAAAAGCAUGAUUCAGUCACAGAUAGCCAUCUAGCAAAGCUGAAGUAUUUGUUCCGUGGUGCCCGAUUCUUCUUGAUAAAAAGCAAUAACCAUGAGAAUGUUGCUCUGGCUAAGGCAAAAGGUGUUUGGUCCACGCCACCUCAAAAUGAAGCUCGGCUUAACCAGGCAUUUAGAGAGUGUGACAAUGUGAUUUUAGUAUUUUCUGUUAAGGAAAGUGGAAAAUUCCAAGGAUUUGCACGAUUAGCUGCAGAAUCUACAAAGGAUCAUCCUCCAAUUCGAUGGGUUUUACCACAGGGAAUGAAUUCUCGUGCUUUGAGUGCAGUUUUCAAACUCGACUGGGUUUGCAGGCGAGAAUUACCUUUUACAAAGACCAACCAUCUUCACAAUCCAUGGAAUGAUGACAAGCCUGUUAAAAUAGGACGAGAUGGACAGGAGAUCGACCCCAGGUGCGGAGAGUCCCUGUGCAAGCUGUUCCCAUUUGAUGAAAACCUGGACAUAAAUGCAAUUGUGAGGAAGGCAAGGAAAGCUCAUGCCCGUAAUGCUGUGCGAGCUCUUCGUGAACAGAGACCAGAACGUCCUGAACGGCCACGAUUCAUAAGGAGACCUGACUUCGGACCAAGGAGGCGCCGAGCAGAUGAUCGUCAAGAAUUUUUCAAUGGUCCACCUAGACACAAGCGCAUGAGGACAGACUUUGAACGUAAUCAGGCAUUUGGAAGACCAGAAGGGCCCAGAGGUGGCCGAUAUAGUGGUGUUAGAAGAGAUACAUCAUUUAUUGAUGGGGGUCAUGGAGAGCAAAGCUAUGACAACAGUUAUCCCACGUUCAACAAAUCUCCAGGCUUUUCCAAUUCAUCGCAUGGUUUCUAUGGGAAUAAAAAGCAGCCAUACAAUGAUUAUAUGAGAGACUUUGCACAUAUUAGACAGCCUCCACCACCACCUAUGGCACCCUAUGGUCCUCCUCCUCCUGGCUAUUAUGAACCACCACCAAACUCCUACACAUCCUAUGAUAGGUCACGUGAUUACAUGCCAGGCCCAGACUACAACUCACCUCAAAACAGCAGCAGAUCUCGAUCAGAUAGCAAACGAUCAUAUGAACGUGAUGUUGACGAUUUUCUGAGACGGACAACUCACGGUGUGACCAGCAGGACAAGAGAUCGAGAGAGAGACCAUGACAGGGAUCGUGAUCGGGAGCACAGAGAUAGGGAACGUGAGCGUGAUCGGGACCGAGAUCAUGACAGAGAUCGUCAUCGGCACAGAGACCGCCGCUGAUUAUUACUUUCUUUUUGUGUGUCACUCAUCUUAAAAUGAUGUACUGUACUGGGGUUCUCAUUCUCCUUGAGCAUGUACGUUUACACUGGGCCUCUUGUUUUUUUAAAUACUGUAAAACUUAUUUAUUUCAUCUCUUACUGCAUCCUAACAAGAUCUAAACAAGAGCUGGGAAAGAGCAGAAGUAACAAAAUGCCUGUAUUUGUCUGAUGGUUGAUGAUGUUGACAAGAUAAACUGAGAAACCGAUAAACUGCCUACACUAGAGAGUUUUUGUUAAAAGGAUGAUGGGUCAAAAAUCUGCCUACAGAAAAGUGUUUGAUCACGUUUGUCUGUUAGCACUUGUUUUCCUGUCUUUCAUGUGUAUGUCUGGGCACACAUGGUUCAUAAGCCUUUGUGCUUGCAUGUGCGAUUCUACAUCUAGUUACGUUCUAGUUAAAUAACAGGCUGUCAUGUAAAAAGACAGAUUUACAAAGAGUAUUGACCAGGAAUGUGUUCUGUAAAGUUUUUAAAAAAGUCUGUCGUAAAGAUGUCUGCAAUGUCUAAUUUGUAAUAGUCACCCAUUGUAAGGAAACCUUAAAUGUCGGUGUGCUUGACAUAUGCCAUAUGCAUUUAUACAAUGAACAGUGUGGGAUCAGUGUGCCCUGUCAUUGGUCAUGUUUCUUCAAGCCAUCGAUUGGGUUACCUUUUAAAAAAACUUACAAAUGCCUGCACAGAGCUGUGUUUUUAUAUUUUUUGUUCUUCCACAUGGUCGUCUUUACUGUAAAUCCACUGUGUAUAUUUUUUUUUAAGACAAGUUUAAUUUUGGUGUUAAGAAUUUUUUCUAGAAAAUGUAUAAUGGCUUACAAAGCCUAGAUGCAGUUUUUCAGUCAGAAGGAUUGCUAGAAUCAUAUGUACAGAAGUAAGUGAGAGAUCUGUGUGUUUAUGUUUUUUAGUUGCCCCAGAGUUGUAAUUGGCUUUAAUUUGAGGCAAAUAUUUUCUGUUAAAUUUGUGGUUGUGCUCAUAAAAUGUGUGUGUGUGUGUGAGAGAGAGAGAGAUGGGGUGGAGAGAAAAUGAGAGUGUACUCACAUAAACUUUUGUAAACCUGCAUGUUAUUUUCAAACAGCAGAAAUCUGAGCACAUUUCUCAGGGCAUUUUGAAAGAAAUGUAUACUAUAUCUGUAUAUGUGGCAUAGCAUAAACGUGAACAUCACUGAUUCAUGUCCAUUGACCUUUAUAUUCUCAUUUGAGGCUAUUGGCAGAGACUUGUGUGACGGGUGUAAUGGAACAGCUAUAUAUAUGCCUGGGCAAAAGAAGUCUUCUGAAAAUGGAUAGAUGCUUCAGAAAUGGAUGUCACUGCAUGUCUUGUGUAAAAGUGGAUUGUGUCUGAUGCCUAAUAUCAGUAGGGUUGUGCUUGAGGUUGGUAUUUUGAUAGCUGUCACCAAGAUCUGAGUGUUUUGUUUAAAGGAGCUUGUUUCUUGGUAGUAAAAAUAUUGUGAAAUGAUGUGUUCAGUGUAGCUGUCCUUGUCCUUAUUACAUAUGCAACAUUUAUUUAGUUGGGCAUGAUAAUUUUUUUUUGAAGUUAUUAACAAGUAUGAAGUUCAAUAUUUUCUUUGAUUAGUCCUAGUCUUAGUUGAUGGGUCUUGAGAAAAUAUUUGGGGAUUUGGCUUCUCAAGGCCUUCACAUUUAGUCAUGGAUUAUAUAAGAAAAAAAUGAGGUAGAAGAAAAUUGUAGAGGUAUUAGGCAAGGAUGUAUCUUUCCAACCUUAGUCAUGGCCUUCCUGUACCUCUGAAUCAGUUUAGAAGUGUUUGUAGUAAGGUAGAGCUGCACGCUGUGAUACCUGUGCAUGUAGUUUCACUGCAUUCCAUUGUUCAGCUUCUUGUGUGGCCAGAGUACCAGCUUCUUCCUCUCUCUGAUGGCCGUGGCAGCUGUCGUGCCUUCUGACUCAACAUCCUUACUUUCCAUGACACAGAUUCAGUAAGCUAUAUCCCUUCCAGUCACAUCUCCACCCCAACGCCUCCAUUAGUACUCUUGAAAGGCAAUCUGGUUAUCUUAGGAAAGUUAUAGGAAAGAAUAUAGCUUUGACAUCAUUUUAAAAUGCAGUUUUAUUGGUGUGUAUGAUGUGUAUUAUGUAAGAUAUCAUGUACCACGAAGCAGUGAUAGUUCUUGCCUGUUUUUACAUUGUGUGGAUGAUGUUGGAUUUGGUUUGAAAAGAUUAAAAUGUUUGACAGAAAGUGGGGAAAAAGUACAUUUAAAAAUCAACAUUUCAUUUUUUUGUUUACUUGUACAUACCUAUAAUAAACUUUUUGCAAUGGACCUUAAA